AUGUCGACUGUGCCUAAUCUAGUAUUUGGCGGAGCAACCAUUGUAGCCGAGGAGGGAAGUUUUAGUACCCCUGAAGAGGUGUCGGGGUUACUUCAAGUGCUGGAAGAAGCCGGCAUUCGUCAACUUGACACUGCACAGUCAUACGGUGCUGGUACCAGUGAGGCCCUUCUCGGUCAAGCUAUUGGCGCAUUUCAAUUUUCUGUCGACACCAAACACGUUGGGGGAUGGGUUCCCGGAAGCUCAUCCCGCGAGGAGGUCUUCCAAAGAGCAUGUGAUAGUUUGAAACGACUUGGUGUCGAGAAAAUAAAUAAUUUUUAUUUACAUGCACCCGACCCAGAUGUUCCUAUCGAAGACACUCUUGCUGGGGUGGAUGAUCUCUAUCGUGCUGGAAAGUUCCAAAAAUUUGGGUUGUCCAAUUUCAAUGCUGAAGAGAUCAAAGAAGUCAUUCGGAUAGCGAGGGAAAGAAAGUAUGUGCUACCUUCAAUCUAUCAAGGAAACUACAGCGCAAUCGCUCGACAAAUCGAAAAGGACAUCUUGCCGAUUCUGCGCGAACAUAAUAUUGCAUUCUAUGCAUAUAGUCCCAUAGCUGGCGGAUUCCUCACCAAAACCACGCAACAGUUGACUUCUGGGACGAAAGGGGAGGGUCGAUGGAAUCCGCUGUCCAAAAUGGGACAAUUCUAUCAUAUGCUUUAUGGAAAGCCCGUGUUUUUUGAGGCACUGGACGAAUGGAACAAGAUCUCAGAGGAAUUUGGAAUCCCAAGAGCUGCUCUCGCAUAUCGAUGGGUCGCUUUUCAUUCUGGACUUGACGCGCGACUUGGGGAUGCGCUUGUGAUCGGAGCGAGCACUACAAACCAGGCCAAACAGACUGUUGCUGCUCUUAAUGAUGGUCCUCUUCCCGAGGCUGUAGCAAAACAGAUUUCGAACUUCUGGGAGUUGGUGAAGAAUGACGCGGUUGCGAAUAACUUUGAUGUGAUGAGAUCCACUUAG